AGGGCUCGGGUGCGGGCAGGUCUGCCUGCCUGCCUGCCUGGAUGUGGGGAACGGCUGCAGGCACGGGAAGGCGUGACCUGCAUGGAAAAUGCCAGACAGCCCCAGACGCACACACACAUAGGCGCACACAAAUCUCCGGACAGAGAUAAGGCGGACAGCGGAGCGCUGGGAAAGAGGCGAAGCCGUCCCCCGCAAGCGAGCCAUCGCUCCUCCGCACCCAACCCGCCGGGGAGCUCUCCCAGCGGCACAAUGAGGUACCCCCUGGCCUGGCCCUUCUGUGCCUUGCUGCUCUGUGUGGCAGAUGCCGUGGAGCUGACAGACAUGUUUGGGGAGAUCCAGUCUCCCAACUUCCCUGACUCCUAUCCCAGUGACUCGGAAAUGACGUGGAACAUCUCUGUGCCUGAUGGAUUUAAAAUCAAGCUGUACUUCAUGCAUUUUGACUUGGAGUCAUCCUACCUCUGUGAAUACGACUAUGUGAAGAUUGAAACUGAGGACCAGGAGCUGGCAACCUUCUGUGGCAGGGAGACAACGGACACAGAGCAGGCUCCAGGACAGCAAGUGAUCCUGUCCCCAGGGCCCUACAUGGGGCUUACCUUCAGGUCUGACUUCUCCAACGAGGAACGCUUCACUGGCUUUGAUGCCCAUUACACCGCUGUGGAUGUGGAUGAGUGCCAGGAGAAGAGUGAUGAGGAGCUGGCUUGUGACCACUACUGCCACAACUACAUUGGCGGGUACUACUGCUCCUGCAGGUUUGGCUACAUCCUCCACUCCGACAACAGGACCUGCAAAGUGGAGUGCAGUGACAACCUCUACACCCAGAGGAGCGGGGUGAUCACCAGCGCCGACUUCCCCAGCCCCUACCCCAAGAGCUCGGACUGCCUGUACCGGAUCGAGCUGGAGGAGGGUUUCUUCAUCACCCUGAAUUUUGAGGACAGCUUUGAUGUGGAAGACCACCCCGAGGUGACCUGUCCAUAUGACCACAUCAAGAUCAAAGCAGGACAAAAGGAGUUUGGACCUUUUUGUGGAGAAAAGUCCCCAGGACUCAUUGAAACCCAAACCAACAGUGUGCAGAUCCGCUUCCACAGUGACAACUCCGGAGAGAACAGGGGCUGGAAGUUGUCAUACACAGCAAUUGGUAACCCAUGCCCACUGGUGCAACCACCAAUCAAUGGGAAAAUUGAGCCUUCUCAAGCCAAGUACACCUUCAAAGACCAGGUUGUCAUCAGCUGCAACACUGGAUACAAAGUGCUGAAGGAUAAUGUGGAAAGUGACUCCUUCCAGAUCGAGUGUCUGAAGGAUGGCACGUGGAGUAACAAGAUCCCUAUCUGCAAAACUGCAGAUAGAGCCGACAACCAGACAGAGGGAAGAGCCGGCUCGGAGCAAGUGGCCGCGUGAGGCUGGCGCCGGCCGUGCCGCCCCGACGGGCAGCCUGUCUCCGUGCCCCUCUGAUCUGUCCAGUACCCAGGGCAGGUUCCCUUUCCACUGGCCUGGCUGCCAAAUCCAUCUCUGUGGCUUGUCUAACCGGCAUGGCACUCUUAACCCCCACGCCUGGUGCUUUCUUAACUCCGUCUCGAGAGGGGCGAAGGAAAUUGGCAUCGAGCCCCCCUGUCCCACUGACACACUGCCCCAGGGGAAGGGGGCCCACCUGGCCCCAGCACUGCUGCCUGGGCACCGUGGGCUGCUGCCAGCUCCCUGCAUUUCUGCAUCCCUCCCUCUCCCUUCGGACUCCUGGGCCGCCCUGGCUCCCCCUCCAAGGCAGCCGUGCAGGGACUGUGGCACGGCCGCCCGGUUGGUUGGUUGGUGGGUUGGAUUCAGUCUCCCACUGUCCUUCCUCACUGGCCCAGCGUUACAAAUAAGAAACACUCCUUCCUCUCCUCUC